AUGGUCAUAACAGAAUCACUGAUUCCCACCAUCUUCCUGAUCUUUUCAACUGAGCAAGUUUUCCCUGUUUUGGUAAGUGGCACCAUCAUCCAUAAAAAUAUAGGAUUCAUCAUUUACUGCUGUCCUUCCCUCAUGAUCUCACAGCCGUUCAAGUUUCCAGCAGAAGUCCCAGACAUCGAGGAACACAGACAAUCCAUCCCCACUAUAGGGCUGGAGCACACACUCCGGGUUGACGAUAGGCGCCUGGCUCUGGGUUGCACGGCUCCGGAUUGGACGGCUCCCGGGAAGAGAGAGGAGUCAUCUGACGUCCAGCUCGCCAAUCAGAGUCGAGGACUGGCUGGGCUCCACCCACCUUCUUGCUCUACCAGUUCGCACUCUCCUCCGGCAGAAGUAGCAGCUGCGCUCUUGCUCUCUGAGGGAGAACCUGGCGUUGUGGCCACUCAGUCAGACAUGGAGAAGGAGCAGAAGCACCAGCAGGACGAGGUGCAGGGAGGGCUGAACAACGAAACCGCCCUUGCCUCCGGGGAUGCCUGCGGGACCGGGAAUCAAGAUCCUGCUGCUUCCGUCACCACAGUCUCCAGCCAAGCAUCUCCCUCGGGCGGCGCCGCCCUAAGCAGCAGCACAGCCGGUUCUUCCGCUGCAGCCGCCACCUCCGCCGCCAUUUUCAUCACCGAUGAGGCCUCGGGGCUGCCAAUCAUAGCUGCUGUGCUGACGGAGAGGCAUUCUGACCGCCAGGACGGCCGCAGUCCUCACGAAGUCUUUGGGUGUGUGGUGCCCGAGGGGGGCAGCCAGGCCGCUGUGGGGCCCCAGAAGGCCACUGGCCAAGCCGACGAGCACCUGGCCCAGACCAAGAGCCCCGGGAACAGCCGUCGUAGGAAGCAGCCCUGCCGCAACCAGGCUGCCCCGGCUCAGAAACCUCCAGGGCGGCGUCUGUUUCCUGAGCCUUUGCCGCCAUCUUCUCCAGGGUUCCGGCCCAGCAGCUAUCCCUGUUCCGGGGCUUCUACGUCGAGUCAGGCAACCCAGCCAAGCCCUGCACUCCUAAGCCACGCAUCUGAGGCAAGGCCUGCUACCCAAAGCCGCAUCACUCUGGUAGCUUCUGCUCUCCGCAGACGUGCAUCUGGUCCAGGCCCUGUCAUCCGACGCUGCACCGCCCAGCCAGGCCCUGCUUUUCCACGCCGCGCCACUCAUCUAGACCCUGCUCGUCUAAGCCCUGAAUCUGCGCCAGGCCCUGCCCGCCGAGGCCGUGCAUCUGUGCCAGGCCCUGCCCCCCGAGGCCGCGAUUCUGCGCCAGGCUCUGCCCGCCGAGGCCGCGAUUCUGCGCCAGGCCCUGCCCUUCGCGUCCGCACAGCAAGGUCAGAACCCGGUCAUCGCAGCACCAGCACGACGCCAGGCACUGGCCUCCGGAGCAUUUCCACCCAGCAAAGAUCAGCCCUUCUCAGCCGCCGCUCUCUGUCUGGGUCAGCUGAUGAGAAUCCUUCCUGUGGGACUGGCUCAGAAAGGCUUGCCUUUCAGAGCAGAUCAGGCUCUCCUGAUCCUGAGGUCCCAAGCCGUGCUUCCCCGCCUGUUUGGCAUGCAGUCCGUAUGCGUGCCUCCUCACCCUCACCCCCUGGGAGGUUUUUCCUUCCCAUCCCUCAGCAGUGGGAUGAGAGCUCCUCCUCCUCCUAUGCUUCCAACUCCUCCUCCCCGAGUAGGUCUUCUGGCCUAAGCCCCUCAUCCCCUUCCCCUGAGUUUUUGGGCCUGAGAUCUAUCUCCACUCCUAGCCCUGAAAGCCUUAGGUAUGCUUUGAUGCCUGAGUUUUAUGCUCUGAGCCCUGUCCCUCCAGAAGAGCAGGCAGAAAUAGAGAGCACAGCUCACCCCGCAACACCGCCUGAGCCGUGACCCUCUAUGAGCAUCCUCUAAGACCCACAGAAGGAAUCAACAUCUACCCACUUUGUGAAUGGGCUGCCUGCCCUGUAGGUAGCUGCGAGGUCUCCCAAAGUUCCAGCCGUUAACCAACAUCCUGAGUAGUUUAGAAGCCUCUCCUCCCCAUGACUCCACCACCUAGCACUUAACCUGCUGUUGGCCUUUGAUUCUGGGCCACCUUCUUCCUCAAGAGUUUGCCUUUGCCCUUGAGCUGAGAUUUCUGUUUUCCAAGUUGCUUUUCUGUUAUGAAGUGUUUUAAUUAGUAAGAUAAAUUGUUUUGU